AUGGCGAGCAAGUACCCAUUAGUACUGUACGCGCAGAUGUUGAUGUUGACCAUGGACAUGAUUUUCAACGCCUUGUCCGUUCUGCUCUUCGGCAGGAACACCGCCCUGCUACUCAUCUACAUGUCUGUUAUCUUCCUAUUAGGGAGUAUCGAAUGGAUUUUAAUGAUAUAACGGACCAAACAACCAAAUAAAACAAUGGAAAUGAGAAUGGAAAGAGUAAAAAUAGAUCAUCUGAAACAUGAAAACGUGAUUUCUUCAUUUGAUCGGGAUUUCCCAAGAAACGCCAUGUUUUUCGGGCGAUCAAUUUUGGGUAUAUGUCAAAAGAGCUGUGAAAAUCGAGCUAGGAAAAGUGAGCUGAUGAAAAAAUUGCCAGCGAAAAAACUGCAAGCGAAAAACGAGCUGCGAAAAUUUUGCCCACCGUUGGCAAAAUAGUUGACUACAUAUUGCGCUCCACCGAUGACGCGCCGAAGACAGAUUUUGAAUUUUCGCUAAUUUUUUUUUCUUUAUUUUUAUUAUACCUUUUUUUUUCAUCCAUCUUCCUUUCAUUUUGUUGUGAUCUCGUGCAGAAAAGUUUCUGUACCAGCCCAGCGAUAGGAGAACCUUCGACCACGCCCCCGCGUGGGCGAAGGUUCCUCAGUUGGUGGGUUGCUGGUUCCGCGUGUCCCCUCUUGCUUUCCUCAACUCCUGCCUGCCUGUAUUUCCCUGUGUCAAGCAGCUGACAUCCCAAACAGGAAGGUCCAAUACGCCAACCUUUAGAAUUGUAUCUGGAGGGAGUCUCUAGACUCUAAAGGCGAACUUUUGGAAUAUUUCAUUUAAUUUCCGCUUUGAAUGAAAUCGGGCGAAGUCAGUCUAUGAUAGUCUGAAAAACACUUUAAUAAUGAAAAAAAUGUUUCAGGACGCUUAAAAGCAAUCAGGGUGGAUUGAAUUCUUGCGAUGAGGAAGAGUUCGAGUAUUGGUUCCGCAACUUCACGAGAGAUGAAGACAAUUUUCAUCGGAAAACCCUGUCAUGCUUACAUUUUGUUCUUUUUUUAGGUUUUUUUAAUAAAAUCAUAUUUUUGUUAUGUUCAUCAUUUUUUUGAUACGCAACGGACAAUUAAAAUUUUUUUAUAUGAUCAUUUAACGCAAAAAUCUGGAAAAAAAGUUAUGUAUCUUAGCUAUUAUUUUUUUCUCACUUCUGAAUGUUUGUCUUGUCCUUUUUUCUGACGUUUCAAAACUUACUCUCAACGGUUCAAAAAUGUAAUUUAAAACCGUUAAUCAUGAAAUAAGUAAAAACUUGAUUUCAAGAUAAUAAUGCGUCGAAAAGAACAAAACUUUUAAAAAACUUUUGUUACUGCUGUCGGUGGAGCGCACAGUCGCGCGAUUAACCUGCCAACGGCGGGCGAAAGUUUCGCAGCUCGUUUCUCUCAGCUGAUUUUUCUCUGGCAAUUUUUUCCGCAGCCGAUUUUUCGCUGGCAGUUUUAUCUCAAACAGUGAGGAGGCUCGAUUUUCGCAGCUCUUUUGACAUAUACCCUCAAUUUUGAAUUCAGGUUAGAGGAAUGGCUGAAAUUUAAAGGCUCAAUUUUCCAGAAUCAAUUUGCCUAAACACUCCUUUUUUCAUUGUUAAAAAAUUAUUCCUUCUUUUUUUGUUUAUUUUCUUCUUUUUUCUUUUUUUAAAUUAUUACUUCCUGAGGUCCUUCUCGUAGCAAAAUAAUUGCUCAAGAACGCCGGAGUGGCUCUUGCAAGUUCCCCUCAAGGGACUACUUUAAUUCCUCCUAUAGGGGAGCAUUCUAGUUAUCCAUAUACGUUGUUUUAAAAAAGUCAAAAGACCACUAUAGGGACCACUUCAGCUCUCCCGGCUUAGGAAUCAGACCCCAAACCCCUAUAAGGACCACCUAUGUUUUACCCCUCUAGGGAGCACUUUUUUCCCAAUCUCUAGUGACCACUCUGGCGUUCCUUAAUGAGAAAAAUGAAGAAAUUGGCUGAUUUUCUUCUUUUUUCUUUUUUCAAAUUAUUACUUCCUGAGGUUCUUCUCGUAGCAAAAUAAAAGCAUUGCUCAGGAACGCCAGAGUGGUCCCUAGAGCGGCUCUUGCAGGUUCCCCUCCAGGGACCACUUUACUUUCUCCUAGAGGAGAGCAUGCUGAUGACCCCUAUACGUCGUUUUACCUUUCAAAUUUAGAAAAAAAAAGUUAAUAGACCACUAUAGGGGCCAGUUAAGCUCUAGCGGCUUAGGAAUGAGACCCUAAACUCCUAUAGGGACCCCCAAAGGUUUACCCCUCUAGGGAGCACUUUUUUCCCUAAUCCCUCAAGUGACCACUCUGUCGUUCUUUAGUGAGAAAAAUGAAAAUAAAGACUGAAAUUCUUCCAGACUCCAAGACACCUUAUCCGUGAUGUGCCUGAUAGUUCUUUUCGUGUCCUUCUCUUCGACUUUCGUCUUCCAAGUCGGCCUCAUCUACCAAAUUCUGUUCACCUACCUGCCUUCAAUAAUUUCUUCGGUUCUCUACAUUAUUCUCUCCAUUUCAACUCAUUAUUUCAGUUUGGUAAGCUUUCUAAAUUUUUUCAACGAGGAAAAUUGAGUUUCAGUCGGCGCGUUGGUUGGACGCCGACAAGGACAUUUGGACCGUUUCUAUGGUCGCUCUUUACGUUGGCCACAAAUUUUGUAAGGAUUUUAUUUAUUUUUAUUUUUUUGAGGAGAUGCGCAAUAUCUCGGGCAAAGUCGGAAUGUAAGCUGCUAAAAGGGAGAGGCUCGAAAAAGGCCACAGAAAGGCAGCAAAGAGGCAGCGAAAAGGCCGGAAAAACGAAGAAAAAAGGGGGCAAAAAGGCAGAAAAAAAGGCCCUUUGGAGCCUUAGAUUUUUUUUCUAGUAUUUUAAAGGCUCCAGAAAUAGUGAAAAAGGGAGAGGCAGCAAAAAUGAUGCAUAAGGGCCGAAAAAAUGGCGCAAAAAGGCAGCAAAAAAGAGCCUUUAUCACCCUAAAAGGAACAUUAAUAUAGAGACUUUUUCCACCCUUCCGACUUGGUCUUUGAUAUUUCAAAACGCGAAAAGUACUUCAAUUUGCUCUAAAACUGUACUAAUUCUCGUUUUGAGUGACUUUCUUGCGUUUCGGAGCAAGUUUCAUUGUUAUAUAUAAUUAUAAAAUCGAUUUUUUAAUAUUUUAGGGGCCGCAAUUUACUACUCGAGCUACAAAAGAGCGGCCCUGCACCUUUCCGACCCGAAAUACAACGUCGACUCGGAAUGGCUGCGGCAAAAGUUCCGAUUGAAGUUCAAUAUUGCUCAGAAUAACGCAGAACAACCACAAGAGCAACCGGUUCCUACUCCAGCAGCUCCUGCAGAGCAAUCUUCGAAAAAUGACUGA